AUGGAUCUCCACGAUCCUCAAUACCAGGGCUUCUUCGACGUUCCAGUGGACAAUCUGUACGGUAAGCCUCUUCUGAAGAGGUAUAUCCAGCAGAACAUUCCGAACUACAAAGACGCCGUCGUCAUCUCGCCCGAUGCUGGUGGAGCCAAGCGAGCUACCGCCAUCGCCGACGAGUUGGACAUGGCGUUUGCCCUGAUUCACAAGGAGCGACGCCCGACCAAGUAUAGCGAGCAACGCAACGCCAGCAUGAUGCUGGUUGGUGAUGUCAAGGACAAGGUUUGCAUCCUUGUCGACGAUCUUGUCGACACCGGUAACACCAUUACGAGAGCUGCCAAGUUGCUCAAGAAGAAUGGUGCUACUCACAUCUACGCUCUCUUGACCCACGGCAUUCUCAGCGGUGAUGCAAUUCCCCGCAUCAACGCCUCAGCCAUCGACAAGAUCAUUGUGACCAACACAGUCCCUCAGGGAGAUCACAUGAAGGUUUGCCCCAAGCUUGGCUAUCUGGACGUCUCCCCUGUCUUCGCGGAGGCCAUUCGCCGCGUCCACCACGGAGAAUCGAUCAGCGUCCUAUUCCAACAUAACUAA